CCAAUUUUAACGGCAUCUCCCUCCGCCGCCCGCCCCAGAAUCUCUCACUCAAUCGCCAUGUCCGACUUCCUCGCCACCGCCGAGAAGAAGGUCCUUGUGGAGAUAGUGAAGCUGGCCCAGAAGCGAGGCAUGAAGGGCUCCCGAGGAGACUGGAAGCAGUUUCUAGCUAGCUACGACAAUAAAUUCGGUGCCAGCUUGAGUGAUCCCGGCAAAAGGUCAACCGAUGUCUUGACUGCUUUCGUCAGGAGCUUUGAGAACCCUGAGGAUUUGCAGCUUUUUGCUAAAGUCGUGCAAUGCAGCUUCAAUCGACAAGGUGUGGAGCACUUCUUGAAGAACUCGGCGGCGAAUGAGUCCAAGGAGCAGGUAGGUGGAUGUGUGUUUAAUGAAAUCAUUGUUGUUGAUAUUGGUUUAGUAGUUUUUGAAAUGUGGGCGAUGUUGUGGCUGGUGCAGAAGCUGGUUCGUGUUACGCUUGAGCACCCGCAGUAUCCGGUGGACUAUUCAUUCCGGUCGCAUAACCAGGACUGGCUGGUUACCAAGCUUGAGAAGAAGAUGAAGCAGAUGAUGUCGAAUGAGAUCCUUGCUGUGGAUUGUGAGAUGGUUCUAUGUAAUGAUGGAUCUGAAGCAUUGGUGAGGGUGUGUGUUGUGGAUCGGAACUUAGAGGUUAAACUGGAUGAACUAGUGAACCCCGGCAAAGAAGUUGCUGAUUACAGAACUGAGAUUACAGGAGUGGCUGCAUCUGAGUUGGUCGGGGUUACAUGCACUUUAGCUGAUAUACAGAAAUCAUUCAAGAAGUUGUUGUCAGAUGGAACUAUUUUAGUUGGGCACAGUUUGUGCAAUGACCUGCAAGCAUUGAAGAUAGACCAUAUAAUGGUGAUUGAUACCGCAUAUUUGUUUAGAUAUGCCGAUGCACCUAUUUAUAGAAAACCUUCCUUGAAUAAUCUUUGCCAGAUUGUGUUGGGCUAUGAACUUAGAAAGAAAGGUUCUCCACACAAUUGUCUAGAUGAUGCAUGUGCUGCAAUGAAACUUGUUCUUGCUAAGGUAGAGCGUGAAGUUGGUGAUACCAUUCCAUCAGUUCAGGGGGAUGUACCUAAAAUUGAUACAGGCAAGCUACUCCUUCACAUGAUACCAAGAACAGUGCCUAGACAAGAGUUGAAUAAAGCCAUUAGUGGAAACUUCACCUUACAAGUCAAUAAACCAUCAGUUAAAGCCAAAAGAGAUAUAUUCUCUGCCUAUGCUAUAUUUGCGAAUGAACAAGAAGCACAGCUAGCAUAUGAUAAGCUCAAAGGAACUCAGGAAAAGGACUCAAAUGGACUGCCACAAAAACUUGUUGAAUUUAAGGUCAGCACAGGCGUAACUAGUCAAUUUUAUGUUCGUAAAAUGGCACAUAGUGGUUUCUUGGACCAAAUCUCUUCUAAGAGAGCUGUCGAAGUUGAGGAGAACACAUGUGCAAAUAAGAAACAAAAGACAGGUCAGACAAUAGAAGAUGAGACAAUGUCAGGCAUAGAUCACUGUUGCGAUCAUCUGAAAGAGAUAGAAAAAUUGAAGCAAGAACAAGAAAAGCUAAUGAAACAGUGCUCAGAGCAGCUAAAAGAUAUUGAAGGAUUGAAGCAAGAAAUUAAAAACAGGGAAUACGAGAUUUCUAUGCUGAAGAGCCAAGUUCCAGAAGGACAAGAAAAAAUGCUGCAUAAAAAAUAGGACAAAAGGAAAAAGAAAUAGACUACAAGGCAGCUCUGAAUCUUUUCAUAAUAUUUUGCUCCUCUGGAGCCAUGUGGUUGCUCAAAGUUUUGGAACGAUCUGUGCCGGAGAAAAUACCUUCAAAUUUUGCUGAUGAUCAAAUUGGAUUAUGGUCCAGAAUAUUCAGCUUCAUCUGCCCAAAGAUUUUAUGCAGAUUGAAAGUUUUUAUGUGACAAGAAAUGCAGCGUGUCUUAGACUCUUAGUACCAAGACUGUUGUAUACUUGUAUUCAUUCAUGUAUACUUCUAUUUAUAGGUGUCAAACAUUAUUCAUUUUCUUUCUGUCCUAGUU